UGGGCAGAUACGUAUCUUAAAGUAUCUGAGAUACGUAUUUAGAUACGUAUCUUAUUUAAAUACAGUAUUUAAAUACCGAAUAAUUAAGUAUCUUGUAUUUUGCAUUUAAUUACUUAAUCUAAGUGUAUCUUGUAUUUAAAUGUAUUUAAAUGUAUUUACUAAUUACAUAUUUUGUCCUUUUUUGAAAAAAGUAAAAAAAUUGUAAUGUUAUCGAGUUAUCGUCUGCCGGCACGAUGCAAAAGCUCACGCGACUCUUCGUCAUAAACAAACGGAUCGCGAAAUAGAUACACAUUCUAAAUUCUAACAUUCUUAAAAGCUUCUAAUGAGAACUGCUUCGGCGACCGAAGGUCGGUACAUAAUAGACGGCGUUGUGUAUCUAUCUCGCGAUCCGUUUGUUUAUGACGAAGAGUCGCGUGAGCUUUUGCAUCGUGCCGGGUUAUGAAAUUAGUUUCUACAAAGAUUUUUGCUAAUAUAAGAACAAUAACAAUAGCAGCAUAGCCAGCAUACAGCAUAUAAUGUAAGAAAUGGACGCUGAACCCAGGACAUCUAAAGACUGCGACUACUGCGAGAAAGAAAAUAUACCAGCUAUUUUAAAUGGCGAAUUAUUCGUCAUAAAAAAUAUAGAUAACAAUAAAGUUAUGGCUCAAUGUAAGGUGUGCAAUGCCAAACGUAAGAAAACAAUGAUAAAAGGUGCACUAAAUGCACAACUAAUUUUUGUACACAAAUUACAUCCUACAGAAUUCAAUAAAUUCACCGAGAUGUCAAUAAAAUCCUAUCCUAAUCGUAAAAAAAGAAAAGUGGCAAAUGAUGACAAAUCUGCACCUACAAUUUCUACAAACAUUGACGUUGGAAGCAGUUGUGUAAAACAGAAGCAGUUGAAAAUUAGUGAAGUUAAGAUACCCAGCAACAAACAGAAACAAACACUCUUUGAUAAAAAUGUAAUGAAUUACAUUGUGAAAAGUAUGAAACCACUUAAUACUGUUGACGAUCCAAAUUUUAUCGACUUAUGCCGAGGUUUAGACAGUUCUAUAAUAGUGAUGUCUCGUCGAACUCUUAGUCGAAAGAUAGAAGAGGACCGUAUAUCCGUUACUGAACAACUAUUACAAGUGUUUCAAAACGUAAAAUUUAUAUGCAGUACAGCAGAUAUCUGGUCCACGAAACAUCGAAGUUUCAUGGGCGUGACGGCACACUGGAUCGACGAAAACACUCUUCAACGUCACAGUGCUGUUCUUGCAUGUAAACGUUUUAAGGGAACACAUAAUUAUAUUUCAAUAGCAAAUUUAUUAUUUGAAAUAAAUAUGCAAUAUAAUUUGAAGAGCAAACAGAUAGUUUCAACGGUAACUGACAAUGGAUCGAAUUUUGUCAAAGCCUUUAAAGAAUUCGGUUAUAAGAUAAAAAUACCAACUAUGCUAGAAGAAGAAAUACCUACUGUGCUAGAGAAAGAGGAGGAAGGAGAAAUAGAUUCCGAAUAUUGUAGUAACGAAGAAGAUUUAGAUGAAUACGUCGAUGAAUUAGAUACAGAUUUUGAAUUUCGUAAUAUCAAUCAAGAGCAAGAGGACACCAAUAUUCAACCCAUUAUUGAACUAUCAAAGCACCUAAGAUGUGCAAGCCAUACUUUAAGCUUGGUGGCAACUACGGACUUUACAAAAGCGUUGAAACAAAAUUCUGUUGCAUCCAAAAUUCAUCAUACAGCAAUGGGAAAAUGCACGAUGUUGUGGAAUAUGUCUCGAAGACCAAAAACAUCAGAGAAAAUUGUUGAUUUCUUAGGAAAAAGUUUAAAGUAUCCAACCCCUACACGCUGGAAUUCGUUAUUUGAUGCGUUGUCCGAUCUUUUAGUACAUCGAGAAAAGCUUAAUAAGUUAAUGCCGAAAUUAGAUUCAAAUGUUCUUUUUAAAGAUGUAGAGUUAAAUUAUUUAGAAGAAUGCAUCGCCGUAUUAUCUCCCAUUGCGUCAGCAUUAGACCGAUUGCAGAGCGAAAAUGAAUGCUACUAUAGCAUUUUAAUGCCAACUCUUUUUUCUCUUAAACUGAGAAUGAAAAUGUUACAUAAAAAAAAUCUGAGAUUUUUAGAUAGCGUCGUAGCAAUUUUUAUUACUUCACUCGAGAAAAUAUUUGAAGACUUCUUCAAUUUUUCGCCAAAAGUAAACGAUGCUAUCAUUGCUUCGUGUUUACACCCGGCAUUUAAACUAAAGUGGCUUCCAAAGACCAUGUCCAGCGAGAAAGUGUUAGGUUUUUGAAACUUGUGUAACGCGGCUAUAGACGAGUUUGAACCUCUUGAAACCACAAUUAUCUC